AUGACUCCGGAGUCAGCAAGUAAGACCGAGGAACGCAAGAGGGUCUCUACAGCCUCGAACAAACGCAAACGAGAGGCUCGCAGCAAAGAAACCCCCGCUUCCAGUGUCACUAAGCGUACCGAUGAUUCCGUACCUUCGAGCAAUGGCAAGCCGAGUCACGACAUAGUAGGACCUUCUGGGCUCUGUGAUAGGUGUAAAGUCAUCGUUAUCGACAUCGGGAAGGCGAGCCUUAGUACGAAGGUCCGUGAUGGGGAGGUCGUGCUCGAGGCGCCAUCUGAUCAAGACCUCCACCUGGGUUUUGAGCUCCAAGAUACUUACCCAGAGUUCCCGCGGCUCGCAUCGUCUGCUGCUAAAGGGUGCCGAUUUUGUGGCUUCCUCAAAGAGGAAAUUGGCGUGGAGAUCAGCCAAUCUGUACUACGCGAGGUCGACGAGAUGUUUGGAGCUACUCAGGAAGAGGAGAUUACCAUCGAUAUCAAAGGACUUCGCUACUAUUGGACGAGGCGCUUUACGGGAGGUCUUUCUCAACUCUGGCCAAACCUGCGCAUUAGUACUAGCAGUGGCCGCUUCUCCCGGGAGAUGCUACUGCCCUUCGACAUUAUGACCGACUUUGGUAAGUAA